UCUUCUUCCGCUUCUUCCUCUUUGUUCUUCCUCUUCCUUUUCGCUUGAUCCCCGAAGGGGAUCGGAGAGAGAGACAAAUCGAGUGUUCAUUUGGCAGAAUUGAUGGUGUUUUUCGAUUUGUUCUUCGUAGUCUGGGCUACGGCCUUUGCAACGCCGACAGCCGCCGGCGCCGCCGCGUCGUCGACGUUCACUCCCGCGGAUAACUUCCUGUUGGACUGCGGCGCCACUUCGGCGGCCACGAUGCCAGAUGGCCGCGCGUUCGAGACUGAUGCAGAGUCCGCGCCAUUUCUCUCUGCCAAGGACGACGUCAGCGCCUCCGUGCCCUCCGUCCCCGGCGACGUCCCCUCCCCGCUCUACCUCUCCGCCAGGAUCUUCAAGGGAGAUGCUACCUUCAGCUUCGCCCUCUCCCGCCCAGGCUGGCACUGGAUCCGCCUCCACUUCUUCCCCGUUGAAUACCCGGACUUCAACCUCACCCAGGCCGUCUUCUCCGUCUCCACCGACGAAUUCGUGCUCCUCCACAGCUUCUCCGUCGAGGGAUACUCCGGCGGUUGGGUCCUCAGGGAGUACCUUGUCAACGCCACCGACCCACGCCUCGCCCUGCACUUCUCCCCUCAACGCAACUCCGUCGCCUUCGUCAACGGCAUCGAGGUCGUCUCCGCCCCCGAUGCGCUCCUCCCUGACUCCGCCUCCACCAUCGCGCCCGUCGGAGAGACCGCCGGACUCUCCCUCCACGCCUUCCAGGUGGCGCACCGGAUCAACGUCGGCGGCCCGGCCAUCACCUCCGCCAACGACACCCUCGGCCGAAACUGGGGUCCCGACGCGCCCUUCCUCCAACCGCCCGCCGGUAAAAACGUCUCCGUCUCCCCCGGCAUCAUCAAGUACCCGGAGGGCGUGACGCCGCUCAUUGCGCCCAACUCGGUCUACGCCACCGCCGUCGAAAUGGCGGACGCGGAGGUGGCAAAUCCUAAUUUCAACGUGACGUGGGCCUUCCCCGUGAACCCCAGCUUCGCCUACCUCCUUCGCCUCCAUUUCUGCGACAUCGUCAGCCAGUCGCUCAACGACCUCUACUUCAACGUCUAUGUCAACGGCCAGAUGGCGAUCUCCGGCCUCGACCUCUCCACCAUCACCGGCGAGUUGGCUUCGGCUUACUAUAAAGACAUCGUCCUCAAUGCCUCGGUGGCGGCGGACCAGAUCACGGUCCAGAUAGGCCUGAUGAAGGAGCCUGCCGGCCGAGUCGACGCGCUGCUCAAUGGCGUGGAGAUUUUGAAGUUGAGCAACUCGGUCGGGAGCCUCGACAGCGAGUUCGGAGUCGACGGGUCCAAAGCCGACGACGGCGACUGGAAGAUCACGAUGGUGGCGGUGGGAUUCGCGAUGAUGCUCGGCGCAUUUGUCGGCCUCGGCGCGAUGGUGCUGAAGUGGAGCAAGCGGCCAGAGGGUUGGGAGAGGCGGAGUAGCUUCUCAUCCUGGCUCCUGCCAGUGCACACCGGGAACACGAGUUUCACGGCGAGCAGAGGGUACGGCUACAGCACGAACAAGAGCAGCGCCUUCGCCUCCUCCACGAUGGGCUUCGGCCGCUACCUCUCCUUGGCGGAGCUCCAAAGGGCGACCAAGAACUUCGACAAGAACGCGGUCGUCGGCGUCGGCGGCUUCGGGAACGUGUACCUCGGCGAGCUGGAGGAUGGCACCAAGGUGGCGGUGAAGCGCGGGAAUCCGCAGUCGGAGCAGGGGAUCAACGAGUUCCAAACAGAGAUUCAAAUGCUGUCCAAGUUCCGGCACCGGCACUUGGUGUCGCUCAUCGGCUACUGUGACGAGAACUCGGAGAUGAUCCUGGUGUACGAGUACAUGGCCAACGGCCCCUUGAGAGACCACCUCUACGGCAACGGCUUGCCUCCCCUGUCUUGGAAACAGAGGUUGGAGAUCUGCAUCGGGGCGGCGCGGGGGCUGCACUACCUGCACACCGGCACGGCGCAGGGGAUCAUUCACCGCGACGUGAAGAGCACCAACAUCCUCCUCGACGACGCGUUCGUGGCCAAGGUGUCGGACUUCGGGCUGUCCAAGGACGCGCCGGGGAUGAACCAGACGCACGUCAGCACGGCGGUGAAGGGCAGCUUCGGCUACCUGGACCCGGAGUACUUCCGGAGCCAGCAGCUGACGGACAAGUCGGACGUGUACUCGUUCGGGGUGGUGCUGCUGGAGGUUCUCUGCGCGCGUCCGGCGCUCGACCCGGCGCUGCCGCGGGAGCAAGUGAACCUGGCGGAAUGGGCGAUGCAGUGGAAGCGGAAGGGGCUGAUUGAAAAGAUCAUCGAUUCCCACAUCGCCGGGACCAUCAACCAGGACUCGCUGAACAAGUUCGCCGAAGCGUCGGAGAAGUGCCUGGCGAAUUACAGCGUCGACCGGCCGUCCAUGGGAGACGUGCUCUGGAGCCUGGAGCGCGCGCUCCAGAUGCAGGAGGCGAACCCGCCGGCGGCCGCGCUGCAGCAGCAGCAUACGCCGCCGCCGAGAGAAUAUAAGGAGGCGUCUGGCACGAGCACAAGUCCAGUGGUGGCGGCGCCGACCAUCAACCAGUCGCUGGAGAACUCGAGCACGGCGAUGGCGAACGAGCUGUUUGAACAGUUCGCGGCGAAAGGAAGGUGAGGAAGAAGAAU